AUGAGGGAAGUCAAUUUCAGUAUCCCAAAUGUCAACAAGGCAUCGGUCGGUAUCACUACCGCCCUGUACGAUCGUCGAGCGCUCGACUGCACAUCCACCCUCCCACUGAUCAAUUCGCUCAACCACCUUGCAUACCUCACAACCUCCUCCGCCCGCAUAAGAGACAUCCUGACUGUCGAUGGAGGCGUCGAGAGACUGGUAUGUCUUCUCAAGGCAGGCCGGAGUAAGGAUAUGAUGGAUAUGUGGAAAUGGAACUUGGCAUUCCAGAAUGUUGUAAAUAUUGGGGUCCGAGGAUCGGAGGCCGUUCGUACCAGAGUUGUCGAGGCUGACAUGGUUCCGGUCAUUGCUACCAUUCUCGACAACUACAUCAAGGUUGUUGACAGGUGCCGAGAAAAGGCAGAGGAAGCAAAGCACAAGGCGCUACAAGACGGUCGACAUGGCUCUCGGUCCAGCGAGCACCGAAGCUCUCACAAGGGGGCUUCAUUUGGGAACCGAACAUCUCGAUUUGAAUCAGAAUUCCGACCAUCUAGAAGACAAGCUCCUCCGCCAUCUAUCGAAAUACCUACAACAUACGUGAACCCUCCUCCGGCUACCGGUUCGGAUGCCAUGGAAACGACUCCCACUGGCCCUCAAUUCGCUGUUACAUCUCCUCCAGAGAGGACUACAUUCUCUGGUCACAGACAUCACCAUCAUCACCACCGAGGGCAGGAUGCCAGACAGCAUUUCUUGCCCCCAUCUCGACACAACAUCCAGCCUCUUGCUACCGCAGUGCCAUCAAUGGACACAGCGGAUGGGUUCAACCUUAGACCUGUCCGGGACGUGGAUCGUCUGCCAUCAAUGGUUCCUGGGUUCCAUACCGGUCUCACAUCACAGCCAGAUUCUCCUACAACACCACUUCCUCCAAACCAAUUGAGAUCACCUACUGUUCGCCCUACGAAUCUGUCAGCACCCGCGGCUCGUUCACGAAGGCGGCCUUCAAUCCGACAUCAAGCUUCCAUGGGUGGGGAACCAGAAGACCCCAACGCGGAUAGCAUGGCAUCUGAUGAGUCUGUAGACCCCGAAAUCUCUGGUGCGAAUGUACCAGAAAUCCAGUCAACGACCGUAAAUAUCGAAGAUAUAAAUAUGGAUGACGGAGAUAGCAUGCUCACUGCAGUGGAGACACCGCUUGGGUUGACAACUCCUACUGUAUCGGAAGCUCAAGAUGUCGGGACCUUCAAUAUCACUCACCGCUCUGCCAUUGACGGCAGUAUGAUUAAUGAAGCCACAACACCGACCGGUCCAACAAUGGGUCUUUCACCUGCUCAACAGGCCGCCACAAAUACACCUCCAGCGAUGCCUAAUGCCACAAUUCCUAGAUACCUCCUGGAUCGACACACUCCCACCAGUGGGCAAGUCCUCGCUGCGAUGCCGAGGGAUGAGGAUGUUCUCCUGUCACUACAACUCCUUGCUUAUGUCUCAAAAUACUGCAACCUCCGCGAUUACUUUCAACAAUCACAUCUCGUGCCGAAACUCAAGAUCGGCUCCGAAUUACACCUACUCGAUAUUGACGAAACCCACCCAUUUUCUGCCUCAUCCUCUUCGCCAAGUACUUGUCAUUCCGCCUGCGAUUCGGAGGAAGAAGAAUAUCUCCUUCCAGACGACUUCAACAUCUUCCCUCUGGUGGAAAAGUUCACCGUCAGACAUCACAGCCAGGACAUGCAAUACUGGGCAGGAGUUGUGAUGCGAAACCUAUGCAGGAAAGAUGAUAGUCGAGGUGGAAUUCGACAAUGUGCUUACUACCAAUGUGGAAAGUGGGAAGAAUUUACCCGGCAAUUUGCCAAGUGCAGGCGAUGCAGAAGGACGAAAUACUGUAGCAAGGAAUGCCAGAAGAGCGCAUGGGUCUUCCACAGACAUUGGUGUGUUGCUGCUACACAAUAA